AAGUAUUUGAGAUGAUUUAAGAGCCACGACAGUUUUGUGAUUGCUGGGCUCCAGCUCCUUGCCGCUGAACUGGGCGGCACACAAGUUCGGGGCAGGUUAACUGCUGUGAGUUUUCGUAGCUGAUGCGAUCUUUGUGUUGGGCCGGACCCGGGACGCCCGCUGCCGGGGCCAAAUCUAAACAUUGGUCAACCAUUAGAUAGGAUCCACUUCUCUAAUAUUUAAGGCAGUAUUGCACUAUCAAGGGCACAUCAACCAAACCCAGGGGCGCAGACAACACAAUGGGGUAGCAUGAUGACGUCGGGUGUUGUUCAAAGCAUUUUAUUCUUGCAAGAUCCGAGCGAGGAACCACGCUGCGAGCGCAUGCGUAUCUCCUCUGGCGGACGAGGCUGGCGUCAGUCAUUUUAAAAAAUCCCUCCAAUCCCUCUCGCCCUUCAUUUUAAAAAAGCAGACCUUCCCGCUGUGCUUUUAUUCCAGGACCCUGGUCUGUUUUGAUGCCUUUGUGCUCCUGAGAUUAGGGGGUUGAUUCAGUAUGGCUGUAUGAAAUAUGGAUCAGGGGAUCUGCGCCCUUGCUCCCGCUCCGUUUAUGAAGGGACUGUAGGGAGAAGGCGCAGAUUACAGUGGUUAUGGACACUGGCCCUUGUCGGCGAGUGCCAGCGCUGAGAUUAGCGGACGUGGCCAGAGGUGAGCGGCCGUCCGAGCAGCUGCUGGCGGCCGUGCCAAGAUUCAGUGGCUAUGCUCUGUCACAUGUGUACCCGGGAGAGAGCGGCGCCGAGCACAGCAUGGGGCCGUCACCUCUGUCCCCAGAACACUUGGCGCUCUCCUUAAAGCUCAGCCCCUCGCACAAUAUAUGCGAGUACCCCUCCAGCGCCAGUCUCACAGUCCCCUAUCAAUGCUACUCCGGCUUCAGCGGGCACCGCGUGGGGGCCGCCGGGGAGCUCCUGGGCCGGCGGCCUUUCUCCGCAUCUUCCAUGCCGGGAGUCGCGGACCCAGCGCCUGCAGCCAAUGUGCCACAUGGAGCCUUUUGCUCGGCCGAGCGAAUGUACCACGAGUGUGGGGGCCACACGGAAACUGGGGGUCACCCGUUCAUCCCUGCCUUGCACGACCAGAGCUACCGAGGCAGCCCGACCGCCAGGGCCGCCAGCGAGCACAUGCCGCUGGGGAUAGCGGGGGACUUCAUCGCCAGGUCCCGCCGGUACAACCAGGUGGCCGGGCCGAGGAGCGACCACUACGUGACCUCGCUGCUCCAGGGCUACAACCCCAUCAACCUCAACGUGAGCGCCUCGUCUCACGGCGGCACCGCACCGUUCUACACCUACCUGCAACCCGUCAAACGUGAGCUGGUGUGCAGGUGGAUGGAUGGCGAGCUCACACACAAGAGCUGCUGUUCCGAAACGUUCGGCAGCUUGCAUGAGCUGGUGGCUCACCUGAGCGUGGAGCACGUCGCGGGCUCCGAGCAGCCUUGUCAUGUUUGUCAGUGGGAGAACUGCCCCAGGGAGGGCAAGGCCUUCAAAGCCAAGUACAAACUCAUAAACCACGUCAGAGUCCACACGGGGGAGAAACCUUUCCAUUGCCCUUACCACGGCUGUGAGAAGGUAUUCGCUAGGUCAGAAAACCUGAAGAUACACAAGAGGAUUCACACAGGUGAGAAACCUUUCAAGUGUGAGUUCGAGGGUUGUGACAGAAGGUUCGCGAACAGCAGCGAUCGGAAGAAACACUCGCAUGUUCACACCAGCGACAAACCGUACACCUGUAAAGUCAAGGACUGCGACAAGUCAUACACACACCCGAGCUCUCUCCGAAAGCACAUGAAGAUGCACUGUAAGGCCGAGCCGCCAGUCAACUGUGAGCGGGAGUCGUUCCCCGGUGUGUUGUACUCGGACACGGAGAGUGACUUUUCUUCAGGGGACGCAGGCUUAUGUCAGCACGGCGCCCCGUCCUGUCUCUUGCCCUUCAACCGGCCCGAGGACAAGACAGCGCCAGCACCUGUGUCACUUUCACCGCCUCCCUCUAGACUGGAGGACAAGUUAGAUCGGUCGAGUCAGGGCCGGGUUGGUGUCCCAAUGCCCGCGCCAAGGCCGCUGGCUCACGUAGCCCCAGUUCGACCGGAAUCUCCUUCCGGCCAUUCAGGUUGCAAUCGGCUGGCAAUGAAAGUGGCCCCGACCAUUGGAAUCAAAACGGGAGCCUCGUUCGGCCGGUUUUCCGCCAGUCUGUGUGACUUCAGUGACCAACUGACUUCCCCUCACUGCGACCUGCGAAUGGAGCCCUUGUCGCUGGUGAGACCCAGUGUCACGGCUGGCCCGCGGCCUUCCAGCUGGGCGGACGAUAGAAUGAAUUUCCUGCCUUUGAACCGCUCCGAUUUCAGGAUGGACUCAGUCGCUUCCAUUCGGCUAGUCCCGUCCGCCACGCACCCACCGGAGGGGCGGCUACACGGAGUACGGCUCGGUGCCGCCAUGCGACCCGCACCCUCCCCGGGAGAUGGGCUCCACACCGCGCCCCCCUGGACGCACGCUCCGCCCGCCGGCCUCCUCAACGCUUGGUACACCUGUCAAAGGAGGGGCGGCGGUAACUGUGCCCGAACUACCCAGAAUUGUCCCACUGCCCAGCCCGACACACAAUCCCCAAAGACCAUUGGCUACACGGACAACUGAACUCGUCUACCAAGCGUGCAAUACCAAACUGCACCUUUACUUCACUCCUGAUCUGUAAGGAUGUCGUUAUUCUCAAGUGCGAGCCGACUCAGAACUCAAAGCUGGACACCUGUAAUGUCAUGUCGCCGUAAUGAUGUGUGGCCCUUGUUCUUUGAUAGCGUUGGAUACAAUUGGAUACAAAUCAAUUCACAGCUAAUUCAUGCGAAAUAUCCAAACGAGUGGAACAAUAAAUGUGCGAAUUAACGUGCUCUGAGAGUUCUUCAGCAGUGAGUUUAAAACAGAGAAACUGUCACGUUUGAGUGCCCCAGUGUCUAGCGCAGGAGAGGAACAGUCAGAAGAUAGAACACAAAGGGUUCACAAACAGCAAAUAGCAGGUUGACAGAGUGGCUAUCGUCCCGUCCUGGGACCCCGGCUCUCCGCCAAAUGAUUUGCUUCAGCCCCUUUCCGAGUAGAACCAAUUUAACAUUCGUAACUUGCUAUUUCCGACCGUGUCUGGGAUUUAACAGGGAAAUGUCACCGGCGGAGUGAGCAAAGGGAUUCUACUUUAGAUAACAAUUAAUAAUGGGCAGUCGAGUCUGAUUUCCAGAUGACAUAAGUGUUGGUUUUAUCGAUUUAUUCAUGUCCCAAUCAAAUAUCCCCAUCAAUAAUGUUUAAACAGUAUGAGACGAGGAUAUCCGCAUUCAACCUGUUACACUGGUUGAAAUAUAUGUGGACGAUUGAAAUGAUGUAUUCUACUGUUGACAUCAACAUAUUUCAGUCCUGAUAAAAAAAACUGUAGAGAAACUAUGUGAAUUAAACGUUUAAAUGAGAUAAA